UCCGAGGGAUAAGCUGAGUGCACCAGUCGAACAUUGGUCUUUUAGAUCACCGAUUCAAAGUUUUAUACGAUAGAAUCUAGAAGUGAAAUUCGAGAAAAAAUGAGUUGAUGAAUUGACAAAGGAGUGACAAAACUUAAAAAGCGGACAUAGUUAAAAAUUUCUUCAAAAAGCUUAUACCAUGGAGAUGCCAGUUCCCUCAAGAGCGACUCCUGAUCAGGCGAUUCUGCAACCAGUGACUACUUGCGAGGCUAUAAUUAAACCUGUGCCUAAACCGUUUUCUAUAGAAGCCCUAAUAGGUGAUACAGACUCUAAAAGAUCGGUUACAAUGACCUGGUGUAAUUCUCCCUGUUACUAUCCUUCAAAUCAAGCCCACAGCGUAAAGGACGCGGAUUCAGACGGAAGUCUCGACUUAGAUUUAGCCCAGGAUUUGUCCAGGCAAAGUCAGAAAGAUGGCACAGACGAUGAAGAAACGGACGAUCAACAAAACCUGGACAAUUCUUGUUCAAAGUCGGGUUCCACAUCGAAUAAAACUAGACGUAGGCGUACCGCAUUCACAAGCGAACAGUUACUGGAAUUGGAAAGGGAGUUUCAUGCAAAAAAGUACCUUUCCCUUACUGAACGAAGUCAAAUAGCUUCAGCUCUUCGACUGAGCGAGGUCCAGGUGAAGAUCUGGUUCCAGAAUAGGAGAGCCAAGUGGAAAAGGGUUAAGGCUGGGUUGGCAGCCGGGCCCCAACACGGCAAAAACGGGCAACAAAAUAAAAAUAAACUAGUGGUACCCAUACCGGUGCAUGUGAAUAGGUUCGCUGUGAGAAGUCAGCAUCAACAGUUGGAGCGGGCGUUAGGGGAUUUGGCGGGACGGGUUUUGGCAAGCCAAGCCGCCCUUAGAGCGGGACUGGAUUUGACGGGAUAUCCCGGGGGACACCCUCAUCAUUGAGAAGAGUUAGUACAUGAACUGAACUGUGCUAGUGUGAUAAAGACAACUGUAAUGUACAUACGUAAACGAGGUGUUACAUUUUGAAAAUUUUGGACAACGAAAAAGUGAAAACU